CUGGGCGGUGGCGAUCGACGAUGCCGAUGGCGCUGCAGCUGUCAUUUAUUUGUUUUGCGGAAGCUGCAAAGGAAGGAUGUCUCUGGCUACGAUGUACUGUGGACGCUGUGCCAAUGCCUUUUGGCACAGAACCAAAAUCAGGGCACAGAACACGACGAGGUCGAAAUCUCCAAGCCAAAAACAGUUUGUUGCGGAAGCCAGAGGAGAGGACCAGCUCCUCCCAGCUAGUUGUUCGUGCAUUCACUCAUUCGGUCAGGUACGAGCCAUCCUCCUAGAUUUAUUUCUUUGUCAAGCAAGUAGUAAGAAUGCACUCCCCCCCCACGGCCUCUUACGCGUCCAUUGACGAUUGUCCUCAACCUGCAGCCAAAACUACUACCGGUACAGAACAGCCCCCGGCAAUGUUGGCUCUGGCCUUUUGGUUGUUGGGAUUGUUGAACAACGCUGCGUACAUUAUAAUGAUUGCCUCUGCCAAAACCAUCAGUGAAGGAGGAACUGCUUUGGUGUUCUUGGCCAAUGUACUGCCGGCCAUGUGUGUCAAGCUGUCCGCACCCUACUGGUUUGAUCACGUGUCCUAUUACCAUCGAAUUCUGAUUGCCUUUUGGACCAUGGUUUUGAGCUUUGGCAUGGUCGCUUCCGGCACUUCGGUAGGUGUGCAGUUGCUGGGAGUGGCUCUCUGCAGUGUCCAUACGGGCUUGGGAGAGUCCUCCUUGUUGGCAGCUGCCGGCAAAUGCGAUGCUUCGGGACGAUGCAUUGGUGCCUUUUCAUCCGGCACUGGUUUGGCAGGAGUCUUUGGCUUUUUCUGGAAGUUUAUCUGGAACGAAUGGAUGAACUUGUCCAUGAGAACUACGCUGUGGUUGGCGCAAUCACUGUCACUACUGUACAUUUACAUCUACUGGAAGAUGUUGCAUCCUUACUUGAAGAAAUCAGUCAAAGCAGCAACUCCCGGAGCUGGGGAAUUGAUGCCUUUGGAAAUGAACACGUUUCCUCCUGUAUCGGUAGCCAAGACUAUCAACGGCAGCAUGCAUGCAACUGAAAAGACGGAGGUCGACUCUAUGGAUUCUUCUUCUGGAAAGCUACGUGACACUUCCGCCCUGCGUUGUCGUCAACCAGAUGAUUCGGCCUUGGAAUCGCCUCCCGAGAUUAUUGUCUAUCAGGCACCAGACGUUGAAGAAGCACCAAAACCGGUGAGCCAAUGGACCACCGCGGAACGAUCCGAGUUUGUGGUCAAGCAACUGUGGCCCUACAUUAUACCUCUCUUUGUGGUUUACGCCACGGAAUACUCCUUGCAGGCUGGAACGUGGACGGCGAUUGGAUUCCCCGUCGAAAGUCAACAAGCCCGCAAUGAGUUUUACGAGUACAGCAACUGGAUGUAUCAGGCUGGCGUCUUUAUAUCCAGAUCAUCGGGGGCCUUUGGACCCGCUGCACCCAUGUCCGUGUUGUGGAUCAUGCCCACCCUCCAAGCACUCAAUGUAGUCUUUUUUGCGUUUGUGGCGGCAGACCACGUGUUCUACAGCUACGCCAUGCUCCUUCCCUGCUGUUUCUACGUGGGGUUGUUGGGAGGUGGGGUCUACGUGCACGGGUACAAACGAAUCUGUGCCGAUUUUGACAUUGUGGAUCGACGAGAAUUUGCCCUGGCAACCACCAGUGUGGCCGAAUCGUUUGGUAUCGUGUGCGCGGAUGUGAUGGGGUUGUUCAUUCAAGCCUGCUUGUAUCAGUCCAAUGAUAUCGCAGGAGCCAUCGUUUCGUGCCCGAUUUGAAGCGGUGGCUGGGUGAGUUUUCUUGACCAGCAUGCAGCUGGAUCACUCGACCGGGCAUCGAUCUCGUCGACAAAGAAUCUUGCGCCUUUUUAGUUGCUGUCAUCACGAGUUGAGUGUUUCUUGCGCUGCUAUUGCUUCUCAUGGACGACAAUACCAAGCGAGGUGAUGCCAACCAGCCGCAACGAAGAGUUGGCCCGUUGUCCUGAGUCCUUGGCCAGUCCCACGGAGCCUACCGGUAGUCCUGAGUUGGGCCUCUAGAGUCUACUCUGCUCGCUCAGGCCUGGCCCACCGCCGGCUUCUUCCAUCCAUAGAUAACAUCCCAACUACCGAUAGUAGACCCCCCUUUUU